UUAACCCUACGGUUAUUCACUUUCUUUCUUGUUUCUUAAACCUAACCUACGGAAGAAAGGGGAAAUAAGGAAAGAAAGAGAAAUAAGGAAGGCAGCGGGGAGCUCGAGAAGUGGGGAACUGAGAAAGGAAGAAAGGGAAAGCGAGUGGCGAGAGAAAGAGAAGCGGAGAGGGAGAAGAGGAAGAAAGGUGAGUUGAGAGGAAGAAGCCGCUGCCACUGCGGUCCGCGUUCACGUCGUCGUCGUAGCGCCGCCAUCCUUGCGCCAGUCGCUGCCGCUGUCGGUGAUGAAGCCCGUCGCCGCCAUUCGGGCCUCUAUCGCCGCCAGAACUACACGCCGCUGCAACCACCGCGUGUUAUCAUCUUUAGAUCCGCCGCCGUUUAAGUCGCGAACAGGAGAACGCGAGCGAAGGAAACCACCGCGGAGCUGCCAUCGCCGCCGUGUUGAUGGGCUCGCCGUCGUUCUGCUCGCGCGGCUGCUGCGUUGCCGGAGCUCCUCGCCGCCGCUGCUGGCGCUGGAAAACCGCGGCUGCAGCCGCCAGAGGACGCCCCUGCAGCUGCCAAACCCCAUCCCACUCCAGUUUGGGUUCCGGCUCUGGUUCGUUUAUGUUGGGUUUUGUUCUCCCGAGUGUCGGAGCCGCCAUUUUCUUGUCGCCGCUGUUGGAGCUUGCCGGAGUUAACCGCUGGAGCUGUGGCUGUGCUGUACUUAGUUCUUGUUGGCACAGAAUCGGAUGAAAAAGCAUUAAGAAGAGUUAAACUCCGUUUAGUUCUAUAUGUUGUAUUAAUUAGAUUAUUUUCUUCCCUCGUCUUUGUUAUUACAAUUUUUGCAAGAGGGAUAAGAGUUGUAUGAUUUAUAUAUAUUAUAUUAAAAUAUAUUAUGUAAGAAGUCUUAUAUAUGAA